CCGGCCGGGAUCCGGCCUGGCCUCCCUUGCGGGGCCGCGGCGGCGGGGCCGCCCCUUUGCCGCUCCCUGCGGGGCGACCAGCCUCCCGCCCUCCCCCCCGCCUCCCCCCCGAGGGCCUCGCCCGGGGCUUCCCGCUCCAGCCCGCCCCGGCCCCGCGUUGCCUGUCUGGGGCGCUCCCGCGUUUGCAGUUCCCUGCCGGCUCCUUCCCACCGCAGCCGGGGCUGCACAGCAGCCCGCGCCUCUCUCCAUCUACUUCCUUCGAUCGGGCGUCAGCAGCGGUUUCCUGCAGGCGUCCCGUGUACAUAUGGGGGAGGUGGUGGUGAAUGCCCUGCAGUGUGCAGGGGGUUGGACUAGAUGACCCCGGAGGUCCCUUCCAACCCCGUGAUUCUCUCUGUUGGAAACUGUUUAUGCAGUUGGUGGGAGGAUAGCAGACCGUGUAUUUGACAUUGCCAGGACUUUCUCGCUGGCUUUGGACCUUGGCUGUGGACGAAGCUACAUAGCUCAGCAUUUAAACAAGAUACACCAAGUCCUUAAACCCGAUGGAGUGUUUGUUGGCGCCAUGUUCGGGGGAGACACCCUUUAUGAGCUUCGCUGCUCUUUGCAGCUGGCAGAACUGGAAAGAGAAGGAGGAUUUUCUCCGCACGUAUCUCCUUUUACUGCCGUCAAUGACUUGGGACACCUGCUGGGGAGUGCUGGCUUCAACACUCUGACCGUGGAUACUGAUGAAAUCCAAGUUAACUAUCCUGGGAUGUUUGAAGUUAUGGAUGACCUGCAAGGUAUGGGAGAAAGUAAUUGCUCGUGGAGCAGGAAAUCUAUGCUACACAGGGAAACUUUGUUGGCGGCGGCAGCAGUAUACAGGGAAAUGUACGGAAACAAUGAUGGGACAAUACCUGCCACAUUUCAGAUCUAUUACAUGAUAGGUUGGAAGUUUCAUGAAUCACAGGCAAGACCAGCCCAGAGAGGUUCUGCGACAGCAUCGUUUGGAGAUCUUAAUAAAAUUAACCCAUCGGUUCCAGCAAAGAAAAAAAAUUGAGACAUGGUAUGACUGUCUUGGAUGUGCAGGAAGUGUACAGACAGUUAUACUUCUUGACAUUUUAACUCGUUACCUGGAAAUAAUACAUUUCACUUGUCUCUUUCUUCACUGGUUGUGCUCAUGUCUGUAAAUUGUGUGAAUUUUAUUUUAUAAAGCUUCAGUCCAAUAAAGUUAUGAUACCUUGUGCUUCUAUAA